AUUUAAAUGAACAAAAUAAUUAUUUUGUCAUUGAUGACAGCAUAUGUUGUUGCAAAUAACCAAAGCUAUUAUAGAAGAUGUUCAAAAGCUGUUUGUGCUGUUCCCUUUUAAACUUGCUAAAAUGAUAUUGCUUGCUAAUAAACCUUCGCAAUCUGUGAAGAAUGUACGUAGUUAAUUAAAAGUUUUUAGAAUGUUCUUCUGGAUAAGAGAAUUGCAUUGAAUCAUGCCUAUUGAGUUCAAAUUCCUUAACUGUUUAGAGAUUAGCCCUUUGUUCAUUGAACAAUAUGUGUAUGAAUUCAAUGUAGUGUAACGCUGAUAUUACUUGUCCAGCUACUUGCAAGGAACCAAUAAAAUUGGGAAAUGAUAAAUGCAGCACUUCAGCAGCUUAUGCAACUUAAGAAUGCAUAUCCGAAUUCUUAAUUUAAAUUGGUAGAGAGGAAUGCGCAGAUAGACUUUGUGUUUGCAAAACAGGAGGAUCUUUGGACAUUUUUAUAGUUGGAUGUUAUUGCUGAUUAUUAUAAAUAUAAAAUAACAAAAUGCU